AUGAAUGAGGAGGAAUUGAAUAGUAGCAGCCCUUCCGACUCCUCUUUAACGAACACGUCCUCCCUGUCCUCGCCUACCUUCGGCCGUUCCAAACUUCCUUCAGAACAACUUUGGACGACAGCCAACUUUUCCCAAGGCCUAACACCGCCUCCAGACUUUACAGAACCGCGUGAUAAUUCACAACAAUUUCAACAAUUGGGUGGCUUUGAGGGGGAUUUCGAACGAUCAACUAUUUUUUCUCUUGGAUAUCAACAGCCCCUUACACCUUCAUCUAUUUCUGUGAUAUCGGAUUCUUCAGAUCUGGAUUCAAGGUCUAAAAAAGGGUCGUCAUUGGAAUCUUUCGCAACGGAGGCUAUUCUAGGUCCAGGGGGUGAUGUGGAGAUGAGCGGGGACUUUUCAGGCGGUAUCAAAGCACGAAGUAGUAUUCAAAAUUCCCGGAAAUCUCCGAUAAAGCUCGAAUCAGCGUUGGAUAUGAAUGGCGAGGGUCGAGGUUCCGAUCAAUUCGAUGUUGACCAGUUUUUCAACUUUGACGAAGCAGCGCUUUCUGUACCUGAUCCAGUAGCCCAACAGUCGUCUUCAUUUCCGGCACCAAUAUCACUUCAUAAUAUUGACGGCCCACAACAACAACAUAUGCCGUUAAGCCCUGUGCCGUUUGGCAGCAAUCACUUUGGACAAAAUUUCAUGGAGGAUGAUUCCAACAACACAAAUAUGCGUAUGGCUGGGAAUCGUCGGAAAAGAAGUCAGGAUCAGAUUUUUGAUGAUAGUUUCUUUGAAAUGUCAGACGAUGGGAAUGCUGCACAGACUAUAAAAUCGACACACACAACUGCUGUUAGUUCACCGACGUAUUAUGAGGCGCAUUCGCCCGAUGAUUCAAGAAAUGGGCAAAGGUUUACUACGCCACCAAAUCCUUCAACGCCAUGGGAUCAGUAUUCAUUUAAUGCGUCACAACAAGCCAGGCCAAUUGCCGGUUCCUCCCGAAUUAACCAGAAACGCCCUUCGUCAAUAGCUUCUCAAUCCAGGUCAUGUGCUGUGCCACCACAACCACAACCACCAUCUCAUCCAGCUACAGGAGUCCAUUUUCCAAUGCAUCUCCCGUCGACUCUGAGUGUGGACCAGAUACCAACCAAAUCCAGGGUUGAGACACAGAUUCCAGUCAAAAUUCAUCUCUUCCCUUUCCCAGCCGGGGUUACCAAACUUCACUUGCCGAGACACACCAUUUCAAAACCGAAGUUAUAUGCCAAGCCACCAGUCACAAAGUCUCCCGACAUGUUGGAAUUGCACGCGAAUCUCGUCUGCUCUAGCGCCAUGCGGAAUCAUGAUUGGCUUGCAAGUGCUUUGGCACGUGCACGUGGAGAAGAUGUUCUGCCCGGUUACAGAAAAGACCCUUCGCAAAGAAUGGAAAUGAUUGAAGGAUCUAGCGGAGAUGAUUCAGAUGACGCACCUCGUAGUGAAAACUCGAACUCAGACAAAACAAGUCCGCUAAGUGGAGGAGAGGUCAAGAUUUGCCUUGGCUGCAUGUCAAGAGAAAGAAAACGGGCUGCAAGGAAAAAAGCGAAAAAGAUCAAGGAAGAGGAUGAAUGGAAAGAGGAUGAAGCAAAAAGAGCAGUGGUUUUCAAUAACACGGAGGUCCGGGAAUGGAUGCCUAUAUCGAAAUCUCAGUACCACUCAAGUUUGGCGCCUGGAAAUCUCGAAGGUGGAAUGAUGGUUGAACUUCAUAUGAGGCUUGCCUGCUAUUGUCGACACCAAGGCGAGAAAGAAGGGUUUAGAGUUAUCUUCACGAUCAAGAAUCAUUUGGACGAAGUCAUCGCUCAACAGAUUACAAGCUCUAUCCUCAUCACAGAUGAUCACAAAUCCAACUCGACUCUUUCUACAAUGCCUGCUGGAUCUCAAGAUAUAAAGAUCAUUGGAGCGGCUUCACAGCAGGGCGUAUACUCCACACUCCAUCCGAACUCCAACCAGUUCGCACCUCGGCAUGAUGAACAAGGAAUGUUUUCUCAGACGACUUCGCCAGUUGCUCAAGCCCCUCAAUAUUCUAACCCAGUCCGCUUCGGUUCCCCGUUUAAUCGGAACGGGGGCCCGUUGUCUCCUCAAUCUGCAGUAUCUCAACAGUCUCCUCAGUUUGGCCCAUCGCCUGGAGCUCCUCAUACCAAGAAGAGAAGGAUAAACUCUGUGAAUAAAGUACCAGCAAACCUAGCUAUGACUAAACUUGACAACCCUAACCCUUCGUUCCAGGGAUCACAUACUGUGCCCUCCCAGCAUCAGUUUAUGGCGGGUGCUUAUGAUAUGAAUAAUUUUAGACAGGGAGGUCCUCUUGCAAUCCAAUUCCAAGAGCCUUCAACUCCUUCAGAAACGAAUGACUCUCGAAGGUUUUCAUUUGAUGGCACAUCAGGCGAUUUCAGGCCCCAGAUUGAGCAGUCGCAAUUCACCUCUCCUCGAUCUGCUUAUGCCAGUGCUGUGACCAGUCCAUCUCCCCGCAGCUCCUUUGUAUCCCAGCAAGCUCAACAGCAUGCUGUUCUAAGACAGAUGCCCUCCGAUUCCAUGCAGAGGCAUGAUCGAGAUGGCUCUCUAAUACCAGAGAUUGGUCGACUAAUUCCAGGAGAAGGAACUACUCGGGGCGGGAUCGAAGUCACAGUUCUAGGCAAGGGAUUCGUCAACGGACUUACAGUCUUGUUUGGAGACAUCCCCGCAGCUCAGAAUAUCUGCUACAGCAGUUCAACCCUUAUUUGCUUAUUACCUCCCAGAUCGUCUGCUGGGCCAGUAGUAGUUACGUUACAGGGUCUUCCGCUCCAAAAGGCGCCUAGUCACUAUCCUCUUUUCACAUAUGUCGACGACACCGAAAAGUCACUGAUGGAACUAGCAUUACAAAUUGUGGGUAUUAAAAUGCAUGGAAGCUUAGCAAAUGCCCAAGAUAUUGCGAGGAGCAUUAUCGAGAACCGAACAGGUACUUUUGGGCAGGGUACCUCUCAGGCUUCCGACAACGGUGGUGGAAAUGGUUCUCGCCAACAUUCCGUCCGACGUCUUGCAGCGGAAUUCGGGCAAUUUGAAUUGGAACCAACCCUGUUGAGAUGCUUGGAUACGAUAGACCUUGACGAUAGUCCGCACCCUGCCCGUCUCAAUCUCCGAAAUAAGGCUGGUCAGACGAUGCUUCAUCUUGCCUGUAUCUUGGGGAUGCAAAGAUUUGUUGCAGCACUUCUGGCAAGGGGCGCGUUCUCUGAUGUACGCGACAAGAACGGGUACACGCCAAUGCAUUUCGCGGCAUUACACAACAAACCCGAAAUAGUCAAACGACUUCUUCUCAAUAAAGCAGAUGCCAGCAUUCAGACGAAGACUGGAAAGACAGCCCAAGAUUUAGCACUUAUGGUGGCGCAACAGACAUUUGACCAGGCGCCUUCAAAACGCCAUAGUCGCACUAGCUCCGGGGCGUCUGAUCAGCACUUUGGUCGCAGAAGUCGAGCAAAUAGUGCAGCUUCUAUGCGUUCGUUAUGGGGCUCGGUGGAUCCAAUGAGUCAUGGGCGCCCGAAGCCUAUGGGAAUUGAUGAUUUCUACGCUACAAGUGACGAAGCAGUUAGCAUUGACACUGAUGACGAAGAAGCGGAUGAUAUCUGGGAGAAUUCGAGAAGAAAUAGUCUUCGAGAUAUGGCUGCUGCAACAGCUGCAAUGGCGAAUGUUUCUGUAAAGGACAAGCUUACACUUGAAGCAGCUCAAGUUUCUCCAGGAUCUACCUCCGCAUCAUCAACAGAGAUCGCACCAUCGCCUUCAGCAAUGAUGGCAGCUUGGAAGGAGAACUUUGCAGCGAGCCUUCAAAACUUCCAGAAUCAUUGGAAUCUUCCAGCUAUGCCUACUGCCGCCGGGUUCCAACAGAACCUCCUUCAGAAUCUCAACCCGUGGUCCGCCGCAAACCCAAAUCCAACCCAGCAAGACAUGAAAGAUGGAGAUUACAAGUGGUGGGAACUUUUCAGCAAUCCUCAAGCACCACCUGCUUAUGACGAAAUUUUCCCUUGGCCUGGACAACCUUCAAACUCUGCUGGUGAUAUCGUCUUAAUGAGAGGAGCAGAUGCGGACGAUGCAAAAGUGGUGGAACCAACGAUUAUCGAACGUGCUGAAAGUCCCUUAUCCGCAUCUUCAAGUACAACUUCGCUUGAUAUGGGCGAGUUGCAACGAAGAAUCGCAAAGGGUGGUAGAGAUAUCACCAAGGCACAGCAGGAUGAGUACCGUGCACAUGCUCGCAAGAUGAAGAAGAUUAGCAAUGAUAGACGGUUAUACUUUUUCUGGCUGCCUGUCUUAAUUUUCAUCAUGAUGGCCAUGGCGACAAGUUGGGGACCCCGGAUAUGGUCCACCUCAAAGAUCGUUUUCUCUUUCGCCCGGGACGCAAUCCAAGACCCAUCAAGUGUCAGUGAUCGGUUAGGUGCAAUCAUAGUGAAUGCAGUCGGCGGUGAGCUAGAAGCAGUGUAG